AUGGCGGGCGUGAUGACACCCGUCCAGAUCCCCGCGAUGCCCCAGGUUGACAUGCGCGACACGGACGCCGGGCUGCAGCUCCCCGCGCUGAGCCUGGACCACAGCCGCGUUCUCAGUCAGUGGGAGAAGAUGGGAGGCAAGGUGGAAUUCAACACGGAGUCCAUGUUUCCAGAAAGUUUGUCCGUUCCCGUGGAUGGGUCGAAUUGCUUUAGACCUGGCGACAGGGGCAGGUACCCCAUAAUCCAGGGUGGUCUGGAUGGGGCCGCCCCAGCAUCCAUCUGGGUGGAUUUGGGCAACAGUGUGUCUGUGGAAGCACUUCAACAGGCGCAACUAGUUGCGGCCCCCAGCUGCAGGGGUGCUGUCUCCGAUCUAGAUGGCCUGGUGGGUGAGUGGCAAGUGUCUGAAAACGGUCAGCUGCUGUAUGACGACUUUGGAUGGGCAGCUGCAGAUGCCCGACGAGUGGCCGUGGCCGGUGACCAGACAACGGAGUGCUGGAUGGAUGACACACUGGCUGACACUGCCAUCCGGCGCAGUGACCGGCUUGAGGAUGUCAAGCAGUGGGCAAACAAGGCAGCCUCAACAGCACCUUCGUUUAAAGUGGUGGCUGCUUGUCCAGUUGCAGCACCUGCACAGCCACAGGCCCAGACGCCAAGGCGUGAGGCACGCAGUUACCUUGAGACAGCAGCCGUGUCCAGCCCAUUUCCCACAGCUACCAGUAUGGGAGUUUCUGCUAGACCUGGAGCCACAUCCUUCAUCGUCCCACUGACUACGGCACCCAGUUGCAUGCAAGGCAUGAACUCUGCUAAGGAUGUGAGGACCCGCACGCAGUGCCUGCAGAGGUAUCGUGAAAAGAAGGCACGUCGUCUGUACACAAAGAAGAUCCGGUACGAGCUGCGGAAGAUAAACGCUGACAGACGGCCAAGGAUCAAGGGGAGGUUUGUCAGGAAGGAGGAGCUGGAGGAGUACCUGAGGCAGCAGAGGCUCCCCAAAGAGAAGGUGGGGGCGCGAGAGCCUACCGACAGCAACAAUGACUUCGAGGACAGCGAUAAUGGAGAUGACACUGCAGUUGGAGUGUAG